AUGCACUCGGUUAUCAUAAAAAGAGGUAUUUUUUAAAAACACAUUGUUUUUGUUGGUAAAUGAGAUCAUUUUAUAAUAUCUAUGUUGAUUUUGAUGUUUAGAUGGUCGGCAAGAAGCAUUUGAUGUACAUAAGUUGGAAAAGUGUUUGAAGAAGCUGGCUUUUGGUCUAGACUUAAAGUUUGUUGAUGUGGUAAGUGAUAACAAUUUUUUUUUGACGUUAAACUGCUAGAAACUUAUGAGAAGACUUGACUCUCAAGAAUAAUAUAAAUUUCUUUGAUUUUUCAAAGGGUUUUUUGAUCUGAAACGGUGUUUAUUGGAAAUAUUAUAGUGGAUGUUAUCUAAUGCUUUAUAUAUUAAUUAAAAAGUUUAGAUUUAUUACUUAUUUAUAUUGUAUUAGCCUUCAAACCUAAUUCCAACCCAUAUUUCAGGCCAAAAUCGCGCGAUGCAUCGAAGAAUCAAUUCCAGAACACAUGGAAACAGGAGAUCUGGCCAAUCAUGUUGCCAAUACUGUCUCGACAAUGUGUAUCGAGCAUUCCGAUCACAACUUGCUGGCAGCGAGGAUUGCGGUAGUGAGAAUGCACAAAAAUACAUUGGACAGGUUUUCUGAUGUGGCCAAGUUGUUGCAUGAAGCUAAACAUCCUACUACAGGUCAUGAUCGUCCUCUGAUUGCUGAUGAUGUUCUUGAAAUUAUUCAGAAUAACAAAGAAGUAAGUGUUUUGAUGUUUUUUUUUGGUUUUUAGGUAACUUAAUGAGAAUUUUUGACUAAACGAGGACAAUUGGUGGCAAGUGCAAUAUAAUUUGACGUUCAAUAACGAAAGAUGGCUUAAAAUACGCUUGAUCUUUAUGAGAAUAGAGCUUUAAUUCUAUAUUUAAAUUACAAAAAAGAAUAGUUUAUUUUGAGUAUAAUAUGUUGUUUUAGCGUCUGAACAAUGCUAUCAAACACGAAAGAGACUACAAUUACACUUAUUUCGGUUAUCGUACUCUGGAAUCUGGCUAUCUGCUUCAACUGAAUGGAAAAGUAGUUGAGAGACCUCAACACAUGAUUAUGAGGGUUGCUCUGGGUAUUCAUAAGAAUGACAUUGAUGCUGCUCUUCAGGUGAACCCACUAUUACAUUACUUGACCUUGUUUUAGAUUUUUUGAUGGAAUACUGGGUUAUUUGGUAUUGCCACAGCUUUAAACUUUAUAAAAUACUUUUCAGACUUAUGACUACAUGUCACAAGGCAAAUUUACUCAUGCGACACCGACUUUGUUCAAUGCUGGAACACCUCAUCCACAAAUGUCUUCGUGCUUCUUGAUGGCGAUCCCAGAAGACUCGAUGGAAGGAAUUUUCUUGGCAUUACAACGAUGUGGCAACAUUAUCAAGUAUUCAGGAGGGAUUGGAGUUCACAUCCAUGGGAUUCGAGCUAAAAACUCGUUGAUUGCGGGAGCUAAUGGUUAUUCCAAGGGGCUUUUGCCCAUGUUAAGGUAGGUUUUUAUAGCUUUUUGGUGACAAUUUAAUGUUUAGGUACUUUUAUCAGUGUUUUAAGGGUUUUAUAUGUCCAUAGGAUUGUGGUAAAGCAUAAAAAACAUGAAGAAUAAGCUAAAAAUAUACGUUUAGACUCUUCAACGACACUGCUUCCUACGCCAAUGUUGGUGGAAAACGGCCAAGCUCGAUUGCCAUCUACCUAGAACCUUGGCAUCCGGACAUUUUUGACUUUAUUCAACUCAAAGUUAACACUGGUGAUGAAUCCAUGAGGAUUCGUGAUCUGUUUUACGCUUUGUGGACUCCGGACCUGUUCAUGAAGAGAGUGAAAAGUGAUGGACUAUGGUCCCUAAUGUGUCCUCUGGACUGUCCUGGACUAGAUGAUGUUUACGGAGAGGAGUUUGAAAAGCUGUAUGAAAGGUACGGAAUUAUGAUUUUUAAGUUUGGAGAGAAGGUAGUAGGUAUCGACGGUGUGCGAGUGAAAUUUAGGGGUAUUUGGGCUGGUGUAAUAUAAUUUUUUUUAGAAAAAUUGGAUUUUUGAAGAUGUUUUGAAAAUUUGAAAUAAAAUAUAUUGUAAAGCAUAAAAAGAUGUAUCUAGUUUUAUAUUUUCACUUUUAUGUAUUGUGUUUUAAAAAAGUUAUGUUAAUUUGAAAAAGUUGAAAACCUAAAAAAGUUCGAAUCCGGCUGGAAACUUUGGACAUUUUUUACGUUUUUGGUUGUUUUUUGAUCUUUUUUAUAGUUGAUAUGUAUAUAUAAAGUAAUGUAGAUAUUAUUAUGUAUAAAAAGUUAAAAUUAAAUUUAACUUUUUAAGCUACGAAGCCCAAAAACGCUUCAGAAAGCAGGUCAAAGCUCGAGACCUUUGGCGCGCCAUUACCAAAGCCCAAUCCGAAUCCGGUGUGCCAUAUUUGGUCUUCAAAGACGCGUGUAAUGAAAAGUCAAACCAGAAAAACCUUGGAACAAUCAAGAGUUCGAAUCUGUGCACAGAAAUUGUCGAGUACUCGAAUAAGGACGAGGUCGCGGUAUGCAACUUGGGAUCAAUUGCAUUGAACAAGUUUGUCAAUGGAAAUGACUACGAUUUUGAGGGAUUGAAGGAAGUGGCCAAGAUUCUGACGAGAAAUUUGAAUAAAAUCAUUGACGGAAACUUUUAUCCGGUCCAAGAGGCGAGGAACUCGAAUCUGAGACAUCGACCUAUUGGGAUUGGUGUUCAAGGUGGGUUAAUAUUGGGUUUGGAUGAUUUAGAUAACAAAUGUGUUAAAAAUUUUGAUUUUUGAUGGUGAAAACAAAUGAAGAUAGCAACAUUUCAGAUGUAACAAAAUUUUUUUUGAAAAAAAUUGAAAAAUUAAAAAGUGUCAUUUUAGGCCUAGCGGACGCCUUCCAAAUGCUCAGAAUCUCGUUUACAUCGGAAAAAGCCAAACUAUUAAACACACAAAUUUUUGAAACCAUAUACUACGGAGCAGUGGAAGCCUCAACGGAGUUGGCAGCUCAACAAGGAUCUUAUCCAUCAUACCUGGAGAAUGGUGGAUGUCCAGCAUCGAAAGGUCAAUUAUCAUAUGAUCUGUGGAAUGUCACGCCUACUGAGCUUUGGGAUUGGACUAGUUUGAAGCAAAAAGUGGCUGAACAUGGCCUCAGGAACUCACUGUUCGUGGCUCCAAUGCCUACUGCUUCUACGGCUCAGAUUUUAGGUAACAACGAGUCAUUUGAGCCCUUCACCUCAAAUUGCUACACUCGCCGAGUCACAAAAGGCGAUUUCCAAGUUGUAAACCCACAUUUGUGCAAACAUCUCACCGAAUUAGGCUUAUGGACACAUGAAAAUCGUACUCAUUUGGCCGCUACCGGAAGCCUGAAGAAUGCCAAUGUGCCAGAAGAACUGAAGGAAAUUUACAAAACUGUUUGGGAGUUGAAACAAACAGCAUUGGUGGAAAUGGCAGCUCAAAGAGCCGCCUUCAUUGAUCAGAGUCAGAGCUUGAAUCUUCAUGUGGAAUCGCCAAACUAUGCCAAGUUGACUACAUUACACUUCAAGGCUUGGGAGUUGGUAAGGUUUUUGAUGGCUUUUUGAUUUAAACACUUAAAUUUUGAUUUUUAUAUUGUCAAAAAGUAAAUAGACUGAAAAAAUGGCAAAAAAAAAGAGAAAACGAACGAGUUUUUUGCUCUGCAGGCUGCGGGUGACAAGUUAUACGAACUGGUUUUUUGAUCAAGAGGGUUACGAACUGGAUUUUUUAUUUGAAAAUCAUUUUAAAAUGGAAUUUUUAGUUAAUUUUUGUGUAUUUGAAUGUUUUUUUAUUUAAUUUUUUUAAAAAAAAUUUAAUUUUUAAAAAUUUUAAAUAUUGAGUAAAAUUGAUUUAAAGACCGAUUAUUAGGAUAAAAAUAAUAUACAAACUUAAUUUUUAGGGCCUAAAAACCGGAAUGUACUACCUCCGCUCAAAGCCAUCGGUCGAUCCGGUCAAAUUCACACUCGACCGGUCGGUUCUCAAAUCGGUCACAGAACAGAAGAAUAACAUUGAAAAUGACGAGAAUGUGAACAUCAAUGCACAAAAGAAGCUAGUGCCACAAAUUAACGACGAAAAUGAAGGUUGUUUGAUGUGUCAAUAA